AUGCAGAUCAAGCUCCUCGUUACCGCGGCCCUUGCGUCCGCCUCCUUGGCCUUCCCGCUCUUCGGCAAGUCCGCCAACCAGAAAAGGGACGAGGCCGCCUCUUUGGAGGACAUCGAAACGGCCGCCUGGUACGGUUGGGACAAGAGAGACGACAAGGCUUCCACCAAAAAGCGUGACGAGGCCGCAUCUCUCGAAGACAUCGAGACCGCGGCCUGGUACGGCUGGGAUAAGAGGGACAACAAGGCUCCCACCAAGAAGCGUGACGAAGCUGCUUCUCUGGAAGACAUCGAGACUGCUGCAUGGUACGGUUGGGACAAGAGGGAUGAGGCUGCGAAGAAGUAG